GACUUUCCGUGUUUUCAACGUUUAAUGGCCGGAUUUCCAGAUAAUAGCAUAUAUUCCAAAAAAAAUUUCCAAUGAAGCAGAUCGAGCAGAAAUUAAGGAGUAAACAAAUGAUUUCCAUGUUUUAUGUGCAUUGGUGCAUACCAAGACAAGGAGGCUGACCUAACCAAGUUAACCAUCCGUGGCUCCAUAUCUGAGCGGUCGCUUCGGUCCACGACGCGUUCACACCUCGACAAGUAGACCACCGCCCUGAUCACUCGCCGCCCCGCGCGCGCGCGAUCGAUCCCCUCCUCGCUCCCAAAUGCAAGGAGCAAGGUCGGCGGCGGCGAUGGCGGCGGCGGCGGCCGACGAGGAGAGGGAGGUGCGGAGGGCGGUGGAGGAGAAGCCGGUUGUGGUGGUGGGGCGGCGCGGGUGCUGCAUGGCGCACGUCGCGCGGCGCCUGCUGCUGGGGCAGGGCGCGAACCCGGCGGUGCUCGAGGUCGGCGACGACGCCGACCCGGCGGCGCUCGUCGACGCCGCGCUGCAGGCCCGCCGGCGCAAGGACGGCGGCGACAAGGCUGCGGCGGGCGACGGAGGCGGCGGAGCGGCGGUGGCAUUCCCGGCGGUGUUCAUCGGCGGGAGGCUGGUGGGCGGGCUCGAUCGGCUCAUGGCCAUGCACAUGGCCGGCGAGCUCGUGCCGGUCUUGAAGCAGGCAGGAGCCCUGUGGCUCUGAGUUGAUCUUCGUCAUUAGCGAUGAGAGAGAGAGAGUCAUUAGGCUUAAAACAUAUGCAUGUCCCUUUUGAUCUUUUUUAACUGUAGAUUUGUUUGUGCUUCGUUCUCGAUACAAUUCUAUCUUUAAUUGCGUCGAUCAUAUGGAAACUUCGAAACUUCAGAGAAACAGAGUUGAUCAAUCAAGAGAUGUUCACAAGGUCAUCAUGAAUUUGAUUGGAUUAGAUCA